AUGUCGGAGUACUGGAAAUCAACGCCAAAGUAUUGGUGCAAGCACUGCAGCACGUAUGUCAAAGACACUCCGUUCGAACGCAAACAGCAUGAGAAUACUGGAAAGCAUCAGAACAACCUCAAACGGUUUCUGCGAGACAUCCAGAAUAACCAUGAGCGAGGAGAGAGAGAAAAAGAACGCGCAAAGUCAGAGGUCCAAAGGUUGAAGGGUAUCGCCGCUGAUGACACAAAUAAAUCCUUAACCUCACCGUACUCCGUCUCGAAACCCACGCCUUCUGCCCACAAAUCUGCCACGGGGCCGCCAGGUAUAGCAGAUCGCAAGAGACAAUGGGCGCAGCUGGCCGAGAUGGGCAUCAAGGUACCCGAGGAGUUCCGCUCUGAGGUGGCCAUGGCGGGUGAUUGGCAGAUGUUGUCGCAGCAAGUCGUUGAUGAAGCCCCUCUGAGUACAGGUAUCAAGAAGCGCAGAUACGAAGGCCAGGAAGACGACGAAGAGGAGAAAGAAGCAGCUGGUGAGGCUGUUGUGCGACGCGGUUGGGGUGCUACCACCAAGGCAUAUCCUGGCCAUGACAUCGCUGAUCUUGAUGACCUCCUCUCUGGCUCAAUCCCGGUCAAGACAGAAAAGCCAGGUUCGCAGAUUAAAGGUGAGAGAGUCACGUCUGUGAAACAGGAAAAUAACCCUGCACUCACUCAAGACGAAAGCUCGGCCGGAAAUGAUACCUUGCCAAAAGUCGAGGCUCGCUCAGGCGACGACCCAGUGACACAUAAAGUCGUGAAAGAGGAGCCCGAGGCAACUCAAGCGGCGAUACUCAAGGAUCAAGCCCCAGCGGAAGUUUCAAUGCCUGUUUUCAGAAAACGCCGGGCGAAAGCGUCUUGA